AUCAUUAGUAAGCAUGCAUUUAUAUAAACAUAUGAUAGAGAAUGUUGAAUUUCCUCUUAUUCGCAUCUAAUAAAUGUUAAGUUCUUAUAGUGGACAGUAUUUUAAUGUAUAAAACUAAAUUCAUACAAAGUUUCUGUACUUGGCGUUUUUAUACAUCUUAUUUCCCGGGUUUUGUGUUCUAACGGUUUAAUCCAACACAAAACCAAUUACAAACAUGCAUAUUGUUUGCGUUAAAAAUGAGCUACGCAAACUAAAUCAUUGAUGAUCAAUAUAUUAUAUAUUGAUUACACUUUGACUUCUGAUUUUGUAUUCUAAACUUACAUGAUUGUAGACAGAGCCGUGCUUACCCUUGUAGAAAAAAGGCAGCAGCCUUGGCCCCCUGCUUUUAAAUCAAAAUAUAGGACCCCAUUUAUACAUUAACAUACUAAUUCAUUGUGGUUAUAAGUGUUUGCAUGCAUAUUCAUGUUUGAAAUUUGACUGGUGAUACACAUUUCAGUUUAUGCUAUUUUUUAGACUUUAAUUAUAAACAUAUUAACAAUAUCUAUCAUUUAGUUAUUUGUAAACAUACAUAAAAAAUCAUGAAACCCCAUUUUAAAUAGUAAACAUUUCCUCAAAAAGGAAUAACAUUUGAAACAUAUUGCCUUAGGCCUUUUUAAACCUUCGCAGAGAAUUGAGUAUCUUGAAAACAUUUCUCCAUCAAUUUAUAUCUCAUAAUUAUCCACAUUGUGUUUUUCUAGAGUGUAGUUUAUAAAUAUAUCUACGCAAUUAUCAGUAUAACUUUGGAUCAUUCGUACAAGUGAGGUUUUUAUAUGUAUAUAUUCCCUGACAAAAUGAAAAAGAAAAAACUCACAACUUCAACUAAAUAAGUUCUCGGUGCCGGAUAAACCAUGCUGCAUCUUCUCCGAAAAAACAAAUUAGUUAAGAGAGACCUACCGGACAAUUAGUAAUUUAAGGUUUAAUACGGCAUGGAUUAACAAAUUUAAUUAUUUUCUUGUUCUUUGAGUGUUGUCGAUGUUGCGAUAAUGAUUCCAUUAAUCGUGCAUAGGCGUGGCUAUAUCUUUAUUCUUCAGCUUCUCUUGUGUGGCCAAUCUAAACUCUCUCUCAUUAUUAUACUAAUCUCUAACUAGCUUAUACAUAUAUAUGAAUGGAUGGUUAAAUAGAAAAUAUUAUAUUAUAAUGUGUCGUGAAGGAACAAAGCUGGUUUCAUCUUUCAUUGUCGACCCCACAAGUUGACUGACGUGUUCACCAUCAUGCAUGGCUUCAUUUCAUUAUUUAAUUACGACUUGUUCACGACACAAAUGAUUGUAACAGUUUAAGAAUCUCUUGAUUUCUCUUCAUCAUAACCAAAUCUUCCUCAAUUGAAAUAUUCUCUUCAUCAUCAAGUGCAUCUCCAACCUAUAUAUAUAUAGUUGCACAAGAACAAGAACUAUCAUAGCAACAAACCAAAAAAACAAGAAAAAAAAACAAGGAGAAAGACAAGAGUUGAAGGUUGGAGCGAUGGAUGUUUUUGUUGAUGGUGAAUUGGAGUCUCUCUUAGGUAUGUUCAACUUUGAUCAAUGUUCAUCAUCUAAGGAGGAGAGACCACGAGAUGAGAUGCUUGGCCUCGCUAGCCUUUACAAUGAUCAUCUUCAUCAUCAUCAGAACAAUCUCCCGCCUUCUGAUCAUCAUGCUCUCCUAAAUCAUGAUAUGUUCCCAUUUAGCGCAAUGAUGGGAGGGAACCUUACGACCAUGCUCGAUUCUUGGGAUCAAAACCAACUCCAAGAAACGGCACCGCUCAAGAGGAAACAACUUAACGUAGAUAAUCUACACAAUUCUAACUCUAACUGUGACGUCACAAGACAAGAGCUUGUCAAAGCCAAGAAAAAGCAGAGGGUAAGCCAGGAAAGCAAUACAGUCGAAGAAAGCAACAGCUCAGAUGAUGAGAAGGCUUCGGUCACAAGUGUUAAAGGCAAAACAAGAGCCACCAAAGGGACAGCUACUGAUCCUCAAAGCCUUUAUGCUCGGAAACGUAGAGAGAAGAUUAACGAAAGGCUCAAGACAUUACAAAACCUUGUACCAAACGGGACAAAAGUCGAUAUAAGCACUAUGCUUGAAGAAGCUGUCCACUACGUAAAGUUCUUGCAGCUUCAAAUCAAGUUGUUGAGCUCGGAUGAUCUAUGGAUGUACGCACCGUUGGCUUACAAUGGACUCGACAUGGGAUUCCAUCACAACCUUUUGUCUCGGCUUAUGUGAAGGACUUGCACAAAGUUACAAUCUAAUUGUAAAGAAACCGAUUUAGAACAUAUGAAUCCCUUUAGUUUGGCCCUGCCCUAGUGGUCUACUUUCGGAACGUACUACUGUUCUCUUGUUGUUCAUUCUGAGAUUUUUUGUUAUUAUUUUAACUUCUUUCUGUCUUUUUCUUCAUUAUGGUUCUAAGAACUUUUGGUACUUUAUUCUAAUGUAAUUAUUUCAUUACAAUAUAAAAAAGUCAACUGGACUAAUAAAAUAACUGUCUUUUGUCUUUUUCUUAUAACAGUCUUUAUAUAAAUUUGAAAACAAAGAUAAUAGGGUGAUAAUAUGAUUGAAGUAUUCAGCCGACAAAACCCUGGUAAAUUUAAUUAUUUUUUGCAAAGGAUGCCAAACGACAGACGCCAUGCUAAAGUCUUUUGAUACAAAAAUCAAAUAAUAUCAGUCUUCAUUUCCACAUUAAGUACUAUGAAUAAUCGUUCUUGAGUUUUAGAGAAAAAAAGAUAGAUGAACAAAUCCACAUAUGUUUUAGACGUGGAGAGGAACUAGUACUAACUCAAACCCCAAGUACUGGUACUUGCCUGUAGGACCAUAAUACAAAAAUAUCAUUAACCUACCUCAAAGCAACAUCUUUCUCCUAUGUUUUUAGUAUCCCUCCUUUUUCAUAUAAAUUAGUGAAGUAUAUACCAAACAUAAUUAACAAGUUUAUUGUACAUAUACUAGGUUUGCGAGGAAGCAAAUAACAUUCAAAUACGUAAGGAAUCAAAGUUGGCAGAUUGUUCCAACAGAAAAAACUUGAAAAUUAGAGAACAUCAAUACCAUUAAAAGAAGAUUAUUCCCUUAAUGAGAAUUAUAGUUUUUUCAAAAAUACCCUUAUUUUUACAAAGGAUUAAUAAAAUUCAUUAAUGACAUUUAAGUCUUUUGG